AUGAAAAGCGGCCCCCCUACACCCCUGCCGCCGGAGAACCCUGCCACCAAGCUACUGCUCCUCCCGCUGGGGGACCGCUCCGCCGGGUCCCAGCCGCCUGAGAAACCCUCCGUCGCCCAGCUGCAGCUCCGGAUGCCGGGUAAGUGCCCCACAGAGCCCCAAGACCUACCCGCACGUGGGGACUUUCCUAUAGCCCCCCCACCGCCCAUGCUACUGAGGGACCCCUGCCCCGUGUCCCAGCCACUGCCCCACGUGCAGACUGGAGACCCCUGCGGCGUGCUCCAGCCACCGCCGCCCACGCCUCCGAGGAACCCCUGCCCCGCGUCCCAGCCGCUGCCCCAGGUGCAGCCACCGCCGCCCGGGACGCCGAGGGACCCCAGCCCCACUCCCCGACUGCCGCUGCCUGAACGGCCCGGGGAGCCCCGCGGCGUGCUCCAGCCGCUGCCGCUGCCCGGGAGGCCGGGGGACCCCUGCCCCGCGUCCCAGCCGCUGCCCCAUGUGCGGCCACUGCCGCCCGGGAGGCCGGGGGACCCCUGCCCCGCGUCUCGACCGCCGCUCCCUGGGCAGCCCGGAGAGCCGCGCGCCACGCUCUGGCCGCCACUCCUGGGGCCUCCGGGGGACCCCUGCCCCACUCUUGGGCCGCCGGCGCCCCUGCCCGGGCCGACAUGGGACCCCUGCCCCUCUCCCCGACUGCCGCUUACCGGACAGUCCGGGGAGUCGUGCGGCGGGCUCAGGGAGCCCCGCGGUGUGUUCUCGCCGCCGUCGCCGCCCGAGACUCCGGGCGACCCCUGCCCCGCGCCCCGGCCGCUGCCCCCCGGACAGCCAGUAGAGCACCGCGGCGCGCUCUGGCCGCUGCUGCCGGAGCCGUUGAGGGACCCCCGCCCCGCUCCUUGGCCGCUCCGGCCCGAGCAGACCCGCGGCGCGCCGCAGCCGCCGCCACUCGGGCCACCACGGGACCCCUGCCCCGCUCCCCGGCUGCCACUGCCCGAGCAGGCCGGGGAACCCUGCGGCGUUCUCCGCCCGCCGCCCGGGGACCCCUGCCCCGCGCCCUGGACGCUGCCCCCUGGGCAGCCCAGAGAGCCACGUGGCGCGCUCUGGCCGCCGCUGCCGGGUCCACUGGGAGACCCAUGCCCCGCUCCCUGGCCACCUCGGCCUGAGCUACCACUGCUCGGACCACCCUGGGACCCCUACUCCGCUCCCCGGCUACCGCUCCCUGAGCAGUCCGGGGAGCCCCGCGACGUGCUGCAGCCGCCGCCGCCACCCGGGCCACCGGGUGACCCCAGCACCGCUCCCCAGCCGCUGCUGCCCGAACGCCCUGGGGAGCCGCAGCGCCUGCCCCAGCCAUCGCUCCCGGAACCCCCGGGGGUCUCCUGCACCGCGCCGCUGCCGCCUAUGCAGCCAGGGGACCCCCACCACCGGCCCCGGCCGGAGCGGCCGGGGGCUUCCCACCCUGUGCUCCAGCCACCACCGCACCAGUCUCCGCUGCGGCAGGCGGACUCCCCUCCUGAGGACGCCCCCCCUGCUGUUAUAACCCCCACCCCACAGAGGACUGAUGGCGACACCAUCUACCUAGCGUACCCCCUCGCUGCUGAUGCGCUCACCUGCCCCAUCUGCCUGCCGCCCCGCCAUUUCCACCUCCUGGGGGGAGUCACCAGACACCUGAAGAGGUGCCACGGCAAAUCCGUCGCCUUCAGCUGCGCCCGCUGCAGCCUGCCCUUCGAAUCCUAG